UGUUGCUGUGCCGAGAUUGAAAGUGCUGCAGUAGGUUCCAGCCUCUCCUUGUCUUUGCGUUUUGUCUUUGGCCGCUGCAUCUGUAGUUCCCUGCCACCUGUGGAAGCUCUCCUAUUCCCUCUACGCCACAAAGAGACACAGAGAGAGAGAGGUCUGAGAGGAGGAGGAGGAGGACGAGGAGGAGGAUUUCUUCCAUGAUAAGUGGACUUCUGACAGGGAGAGAGAGCCUUGCCGCACAUCCAGUGGACACAAAUGAAAGAUUCCUAAAACCAGCACCAUGCCUGGACUCAUUAACAAGGAGAACCGGAGCGCGCUGCCCCUCAGUGUCUCUGACAUCACUUCCUGUGUCAGGGGUUACACUCUGGCCCUGACGGCCUCCAUGACCUAUGAGAACAUCGAGGACCACGCCAUCGAGGGGAUCUUCAUUUAUCCUCUGGAGGAAAAUUCCAUUGUCGUGGGGUUCGAGGCGAUGAUAUCCAGUCAAAUCAUAACAUUGCAAAUCAAAGACAAGGCAAAAAUUGAGGACUGUUAUCUGGAUUGCUGCAACACAUCUAAUGGAGCCCUCCAGAGUGGCAGCGGACACAUAGUGUUGGACGAGGAUCUGGAGAGGACGGUGUUGGUGGUUAACCUUGGGAUCAUCCCUCCCAUGGAGACGGUCCACAUACUGGUCAGUACCUCCUCGGAGCUCUCCACCCUGCCCAGCGGGGGCAUCCGGGUGUCGUCGCCACCGGCGUGUACACCUCGGGUACAAAGGACCAUCAACGAGGAGCAGGGGCUGUCCCCAAACUUCUCCAGGCCGCCUCACGACCAACCUCCCAGCUCUCCUCAGCAGUGGCUGACGUCAAUGCUGGAGGAGGAGGCCAUCAACUCCAUGGACUACAAGUUCAACUUCCAGCUGGAGAUCCGCGCUCCUUAUCUCCUGGCAGGCGUCGAGAGCCCCUCUCAUGCCAUCCGCGCUGACGCCGACCCUCUGGCCCGCUCCGCCACCAGCGUCGUCAUCACCCUGGCGGACAAAUACACGUACGACUGUCCCGUCAGCAUCCUCAUUUACCCCAGCGAGCCUCAUCUGCCACAUGUGCUCGUCGAGAACGGCGACAUGACACAGGAGGAGUACGACGAGUAUCUCCACGGCCGCAGUGACUUCAUCAAGGCCACGAAGAAGGACUCCAGCAACGAGAGGAAAGUGGACGUCAUUCACAGGCGCCUCCACAAGGACAUCCUGCACAACCCCGUGGUCAUGUUGAACUUUUGUCCCAACCUCAAGUCCAUCAGCUCGGACCUGAGGCAGGUGCACGGCGAAUUCAUCUUCCUCAUCGACCGCAGCGGCAGCAUGAGCGGGGUCAACAUCAACCGCGUGAAGGAUGCCAUGGUGGUGAUUCUCAAGAGCCUGGUGCCCGGCUGCCUUUUCAACAUCAUAGGCUUCGGCUCCACUUUCAAAUCACUGUUCACGACCAGCCAGAACUACGAGGAGGAGGCGCUGGCUGUGGCCUGCGAGUAUGUCCGGAAGGUCAGAGCCGACAUGGGGGGCACCAACGUCUUGGCGCCGCUCAACUGGAUCCUGAGGCAGCCCGUGUCCAGCGGACACCCGCGCCUGCUGUUCCUGCUCACCGACGGCGCCGUCGGCAACACGGGCAAAGUUGUCGAGCUGGUCCGCAGACACGCGCGCUACGUCAGAUGUUUCACGUUCGGCAUAGGGCAGAACGCUUGCAGGAGGCUGGUGCAGGGCCUGGCGACCGUCUCCAAAGGGACGGCGGAGUUCCUGGCCGAGGGGGAGAGGCCGCAACCCAAGAUGAUAAAGUCCCUGAAGAAAACCAUGUCCCCGGUGCUCAGUGACAUUUCCAUUGAAUGGCUCUUCCCCGAGACCAAAGAGGUGCUGCUGUCGCCGGUGGGCAACACCUUCUUGUUUCCAGGGGACCGGCUGAUUGGCUACAGCGUGGUCUGCGACACCACCCGUUACCACGCCAACCCCAAAUCUGAUAAGAGGAGGCGGUACAGCAUGAUGCGCUCGACAGAGUCGGCCAGCUCCGUGUUCUACCACUCCCAAGAGGAGGACCCGGUGAGGACGAGCGCCGACGGCCAGGGCUCCUACAGGGAGGCGCCGCCGGGCCCGCCGUACGACUCCUGCCAGGACUCCGUGACGGACGGCAGCCCCGUCACCACAGAGCGAGACAGCGCGGGGUUGGACAAGGCGUCACCAAGAAGGCGGGCGUACAGCACCAACCAGAUCACGGACUACGACCCGGCGAAGAAGGUCUUCACUCCCAGCGACCCCAGCUCUGUGGUGGCCAAGAAUCCCCUGAGGAGAGCCAAGGUCCAGGAGCUGAUCGGUCAGAUGAGUCCCGAGCACGAGGCGCAGUGGAAGAGCGACUACCAGCCACAGUUGGCAAGCCUGUGCGCCGCGUCCUCCAGAGGACGUCCCGCCAGCUGCCACAGGCCGCCGCUCGUGCAGCAGGAGUCGCCUCUGCAGCAGGAAGCCGACGCAGAGCCUCAUUCCCAUCCCCAGUCCCUGGACAACCCCCCGCCCAGCAGCAGCAGCAGCAGCAGCAGCAGCGGCGGCGGCGGCGGCGGCGGCGGGUUUGUUCUGCCAGCAGCUCACAACUCAGCUGGGGAGGACGGAUCCAGAUCCUCCACUGACAGCCCAUCUGUCGGCAGCGUCGGAGACGCAGACGGCUACGGACACCAGCUGUGUCAAGCGGAAACGCCGCAGGAGGCGCCCGCGUCGGUCCCGGGUGCUGCCCACCAGCAGCAGCAGCAGCAGCAGCACCAAGGCGACUGCAAGGCGGUGGUGUCCGGGCUGCUGUGUGGGAAACCCAUGAGGUGGGAGGUGGCCUUCGACAUCGCGCCGUACCUGAGCGGACGCGAGCGCGAGGAGAAGGUCCACGAGGAGCUGUGGAACGAGACCUUCCACCACCUGGCCGGACACUCCAUCAUACACGACUUUGAGCACAUGGCGGACAAGGAGUACGAGAUCGAGCACGGCUCGGGCAGGAAGUACCAGCUUUACGCCAUUCACACCAGCAAAGCCUGCAAUAUCCUGAGCAAGUACACGGCGUUUGUUCCCAUCGACCUGGACACUAAUGAGUAUUUACCGACGUGUAUUGAAUAUAUAAACCCCGGCGAAGGUCUGAAGAAGGGCUCACACUCCGGCUCUCGCUCGGGGAGCAGGAAGAACAGAGGCUACUCCAUCGGACUGGGUCGCUCGCAGUCCGGCGGCAUGUCGCAGGAGGCUGAAGAAGCCCUGCUGCCCAACAGUGGCGAGGAUGGCGUCUCCCCCUGCAGCACUCCCUCCUCCUCUGGCUGGGAGAGAUGCAGCUUCGCGGAGGUCUCCCAGAGGAGUCCGUCGGUGACCUCUGACCAAUCGCAGAAAUCGGUGGAGAGCCUUUUUUCUGCCAGGUUGGCCCUCAGCAGGACUCGUCUCCUGACGCGAGCUGCCAAGGGCUUCAUGUGUCGAACCUACAGCAAGUCGGGCGAUUCGAUUGGAGAAAGUGACAACGAGAACAAAGACUACAUUCCUCUGGUGUUGUUGCAGUUGGCUUGCGGCGCAUUCCCCCUGGACACAGCUCUGUGCGACGCCAUCAAUGUGCCCAUGGACAAGCUGAAGUGGACGUCCCCCUUCACCAGCCACCGCACCAGCCUGGGCCACUUGUCUCACUCCGGCAGCCGCCGCGCUGAGAGUGCCGGCGACGGGCACGGGUCACCGUGUGAGCCCGAAACAUGUCAGCCACCAGCGGAGCAAACUGCGGGCGUCCACAGCCCUUGUCAUGCGCCCAGGAGCGUCUGGACGGAUGCUGCUCCCGCCUCAUCAGGAAGUCCACCCUCGGCCGCCGAGCCCCCGGUCUCCCCACACUCCCACGGGGACAGCGGGCGGAGCUCCGGGUCCGGGGGCUCGGAAACGGCAUCUCCCGGAGGCGUGCUAAAGAGGAUGCUGAAUCCGGAGAGCAUGGUGUGGGCCACGGCCGUGGCCCUCGCCUGGCUGGAGCACAGCUCGGCCAGCUAUUUCAUAGAGUGGGAACUGGUCGCGGCCAAGGCGAGCAUGUGGUUGAGCGCGCAGGACAUCCCAGAGGGCCGAGAUUUAGCCUCCGUCAAGGCCGCCGCCAACCAGCUCUUCAUGAUCCUCAGACACUGGGAUGAAAACCUGCAACUGAACAUGCUCUGUUACAACCCGAACAGUGUCUGA